AUGAUGUUAAUGAUAAUACUGAUCUGUACGGCAUUCGGUCUUUGGGCGUGGUGUCGAAGGAAUGGUAACAAAGAUGAACCCCCAGUCUGUCCCGGAAGUCUACCUUUAAUAGGUCAUGCACAUUUAUUUUACGGCAACAGUGUGCAACUGUGGAAUGCUUUUAAAGAGUUCUCUAAUGAAAGUUUAAAAGCAGGCGGAGUGGUGUCUUUGUCUAUUGGUCCAAGAACUGUUUAUGCUAUAUCUGAUCCAGAGGACUUUUUAACUGUAGCCAGCACUUGUUUAGAAAAAAACAGUAUUUACGAAAUUAUGAAACCAUGGUUAGGGGACGGUCUAAUUACUGGGACUGUGUCCAUUUGGAAAGAGCACCAAACUAUAUGCUUGACAGUUAUAGGUCUCGAUUUCACUGAUACGACAAUGCUAAACAGCCAAUAUGUAAAUGCUACGCACCAAAUGUUCAACAUAUUUGUGAACAGGUUCCAGAAGUUCUGGCUACAAAAUAAUUUCAUCUUCAGCUGGUCUUCAUUAAGAAAGAAACAGGAUGAAUGUUUGAAAAUACUUCAGAACGUGUCCAAUACGGUCUUAAAGAAGAGAAAAGCAAACUAUAUUAAUAAUAGUAAUCAAAAGAUUGUAAAAAAGAGACAAGGGGAAAAAUUCAAGCCAUUCUUAGAUCUUCUGUUAGAGCUAGCUAUAGAGAAAGGAGCGUUCAAUGAUCGUGAGAUUAGAGAACACAUUGAUACCAUUAUUACAGCCGGCCAUGAUACGGUAGCGAGUGUCCUCAUGUACAGUAUGUUGUUAGUCGGUUCCUAUCCACACGUGCAAGAGAGAAUAUUUGAAGAG